ACGUAACCUAAUUGAAAAUCAUUGAAUAUAUAAGGCAAGAGUUCGUAAGCCAAAGACAGACAAUUCGCUAACCAUGCAAGUUCUACUCGUCUUUCUAUCUGUGACAUUUGCCCUGUCACAUGGGGCUAAGCUUCCGCUCGGUGGAACCCAAAAUCUUAAUAUCCAGCAACGCAUCUAUGGGGGAGAAAUUGCCCAUAAAGGACAAUUCCCAUACAUUGUUUCGUUGGCCAUCAAAAGGGUGGAUGGAAUGUUUACAUGUGGAGGCUCCAUCAUUGAUAACAACUGGAUUUUGACUGCCGCUCAUUGCACACACAACGCCGAGUGGGUUCAAAUCUUCUAUGGUACAACGGAAGAAUGGAAGAGUCAAAUUAGUAAUGUUGUCAGACCCGAUAACAUUAUUGAGCACGAACUUUACAAUGAUUUCACGCUCUUGAAUGAUAUUGCCCUCAUUCGCACACCUCGUGUGGAGUACUCGGAGUUGGUUAAUAAAGUGUCACUUGCCGAUCGUGAUAAUGACUACGAAGGAGCGUGGGCUGUAGCCAGUGGAUGGGGCGAAAUUGAGAAUAAUUCAAAGCUACAGUUUGUCGGCUUGCAGAUUGACCGAAAGAGUUCGAACACCAUUAUCAGAAGCACAAUUUCGUAUGGCAAAUCCUGCGGCGGUGGUGACUCUGGCGGCCCAUUGGUCACUCGUGAUGAUCCCAAACUUAUUGGUGUUACCUCAAAAGGACAACCAGGUGUUUCCACUUCCUUUACUCGAGUUAGCGCUUAUCUGGACUGGAUUCGUAGUCACACUGGCCUAGAAUAGAUCCAUAUACCCUUAUACAACACACUAAACCCAGUAUAUAGUGAUGUCUAAUUAAUUGCAUGUGAAUAAUUUGUAAUAAAAUGAAAUCGCAAAGUAUGUUGAUGAAGAGCAAAAGUAACUGGUCAUUAUUUGUUCAAAAUUUCAAGCUGAUUAAAUAUUGCUUUGAUUAUUCAGUGCAAGAUAUAAAUACA